AUCCCUCUUUUCCAGAUAUCAUUGGCUACGCGUAACAUUUGGUGCAAAUCUCCACUUUAGGGUGUUGAGGAAUUUGGUGCUGAAAUCAUAGGAUGAAAGGCUAUGUAUGGUCUUGUUGAGGUCCGUCUGGUCUUCUCGUUGACCAUUUUAGCUCUCAUUUUUAGUUUCGUGACGUACCGAGACUUGUUUUGGAUAUCCGUGUCAUCAUCAUGGGAGGGCACUAAAAUUUUAUAUAAAUUUUUAAAUAAACGGGCUCUUUUGCCUAUACAUUUUAUCACGAACCUUUUAUUUCCCACUUCACAAAAGAUGUCAGAACCUUAUGACCCGUACGUUCCCACCGCCGCUAGCCCACCAGGCGCUACAAAUGCAAAAACCACCAAAGUGAGACAAGAAGUCGACCAGGUUAUCAAUAUUAUGCAAGAUAACAUUGACAGAGUGGUGGAUAGAGGCGCCAACAUAGCACAACUGCAAAGCAAAACUGAUGAUCUACAGGCAACCAGUGGCCAGUUCAAACGCUCAGCUAACCAAGUUCGAAAGAGAAUGUGGUGGAAGGACAUGAAAUGGAGAAUCGUUAUCUUGGUGACAGUACUUAUUAUCAUUGGAAUCAUUGUAGGUGCUGUGGUUGGCUCACAAAAGAGCAAAGGCAAUUAAUUGGUGAUUUGAUAACACUUAUCUAUCUUGUAUAAAAUAUUUAAACCUUUGUACUUAUAAAAGCUUAUGUAUAUUUUAACUGGCAAAC